CAGGUACAGGUGGCAAUCAAGUGCCUACCAAAGGACCAGGUCAAAGGUCAGACGAGUGAUUUUCUUCAAGAGGCCACCAUCAUGCACUCCAUCUGUCAUCCACAUAUCAUAAAACUGCAUGGAAUCGUAACAGAACUUGCUCCACUAAAAUCUCUUCUUGAAUGCCUGAAAGAUGCCAGCAUGCAGACGACAUUCACCUUGCAACACCUGUACAACCUGGUCACUCAGCUGGCAGACGCUAUGAUGUACCUCGAGAAGAACCGACUGGUGCAUAGAGAUCUCGCUGCCAGGAAUGUACUCAUG